UUUUCCAAACGCAAUCCAAACUGAAAAAUCAGUCACCGCCUACAUAGAUCUUUAACUACCACCAAUUAAAACUAGCCACGACAAGUAAAACGUGGCUUGUUUAAAUAAAGUUGUAUUCUGAGAAAACCCCCACCUAUACAGAUAAAACCCUAGCAAUAGCAUCAAUCAGCUCGCGUUUCUAAUAAUAUUUUGGAAGUUAGACCUUUUAUCCCCUUUUUUGUCCGAUUUUUUGUUAUUUUCUGUUUCACCUUCGAACGAGCACUUAGGCAAAGCAGAAGGAUGUCAGCGGCCGCGACAACUAGCCGAGCGACUCGGCGGAUGGGAGCCGAGGAUGAGAAGCUAGUGUUCGAGACGACGGAAGGAAUCGAGCCGAUAAUGAGUUUCGACCAGAUGGGGCUAAAAGACGAUCUCCUCCGUGGAAUCUACAAUUACGGCUUUGAAAAGCCGUCAGCCAUCCAGCAGAGAGCCGUGAUGCCGAUAAUCAACGGCCGUGACGUGAUUGCGCAAGCCCAGUCUGGUACCGGUAAAACUUCCAUGAUUGCCCUCACCGUUUGCCAAGUGGUAGACACCGCUAGCAGAGAGGUUCAGGCAUUGAUCUUGUCACCUACGAGGGAACUGGCAUCGCAAACGGAGAAAGUGAUAAGGACAAUUGGUGAUUUCAUGAACAUACAAGCACACGCGUGUAUUGGAGGCAAAAGUGUGGGUGAAGAUAUAAGAAAGCUAGAAAACGGAGUCCAUGUAGUGUCGGGAACUCCUGGGAGAGUCUGUGAUAUGAUCAAGAGGAGAACCCUACGUACAAGGGCUAUUAAACUAUUGAUUCUUGAUGAAUCUGAUGAGAUGUUGAGCAGAGGUUUCAAAGAUCAAAUUUAUGAUGUUUACAGACAUCUUCCACCCGAGCUUCAGGUUUGUUUGAUAUCUGCUACCCUUCCUCAUGAAAUUUUGGAGAUGACGAGCAAAUUUAUGACUGAUCCUAUAAGGAUCCUUGUGAAGCGUGAUGAGUUGACUCUGGAGGGAAUUAAGCAGUUUUUCGUAGCAGUUGAAAGAGAGGAGUGGAAGUUCGAUACACUAUGUGAUCUUUAUGAUACGUUGACAAUCACCCAAGCUGUUAUUUUCUGCAAUACAAAACGAAAGGUUGAUUGGCUAACUGAGAAGAUGCGUAGCAAUAACUUUACGGUGUCAUCAAUGCACGGGGAUAUGCCUCAGAGGGAAAGAGAUGCGAUUAUGGCUGAGUUUCGGGAUGGUGCAACCCGUGUUCUUAUCACAACAGAUGUUUGGGCUAGAGGGCUUGAUGUUCAGCAGGUGUCCCUGGUAAUCAAUUACGACCUGCCAAACAAUCGAGAGCUUUACAUCCAUAGGAUUGGUCGGUCAGGUCGAUUUGGAAGAAAGGGUGUUGCUAUUAAUUUUGUGAAAAGUGAUGACAUCAAAAUUCUUAGAGAUAUAGAGCAGUAUUAUAGUACCCAGAUAGACGAAAUGCCAAUGAAUGUUGCGGAUCUGAUAUAACAAUGGAUUCUAAGUGCUUGGUUCGAAUGAUUUGGUUGCGCAUUCAUACUGUGAUGUAAUUGACUUCUCUGUGUAGUUGCAUUAUCUUAUCUGUGUGAUUGGUUUGUGCAAUACCUGGAGGUGGAUUGAUGCAAACUGGAGGCUUUGGUGACAAGAAACACAUCAGAUUCGGCAUUAACUUAUCCAAAAGCAUUGUGAUUUUGGUGCUUUUUUCCUGUCGAAUGUGUUGUUGGAUUUGCUCAAAUUUAAGUGUUGUUUUAGGAGUUAGUGAAGAUAUGAAAGGUUUUGAAGUCACUGUCUAUCUCA